AUGCAGAUAAAGCAGCUCUUGAUCUCAGCCACGCUGGCUCCCGCCGUUUUGGCCGCAACCAGCUCAGAAACCGUCUUCUCUGGGUUCGAAAAUCUACACAAGCGAAUCCUCUCAACAAACGAGUGCCUGAAGUCCUUCAAUGGGGGUAUGACACAGAGUUUGAGCUGCGGCUAUGAACUCUAUAACGUCUUGAUGGCGAGUGGCUCGUCUAGAAAGGAUCUGGCCGAUUUGGACUCGGUCCCGGCUGACCAGGUCCAAACUUACCUGUAUCACUAUCAUGGCAUUCGCUCGGCUGUUGCCGAUACGUUGAGCACCGCCUCUUCAAAGGUCGACAGCAUAGACUCUCAGGGUUUCAAGAUGUUCUCACAAGUCCUGCUCCGCAAUUUUGCCAGCGAAAGGGCGAUUUUCGAGACUUUGACGAAAUUGAAACUUCCUGUGGCAAACCACUCGGAGAUCGCUGGUCCCGUUGACAGUCUUAAAGAUGAAUUUGAAAAGUCCCUGACGGUCUUCAACUGA